AUGACUUUUAAUGACCAGCUGCUUACUCCAAAAGCUAAAACUUAUCAUGAUAUUAGAAAAAGUGGACUUAGCCCUCGAUUACUACCUCGUAAGCCGCACUUAACAGUGGCGAUUGACGCGUUACGGGUGCUCGAAAUAGCUCAGGAAGAGGUCGAAGAGCAUAGGAAUAAUGUCCAAAGACGAGCAUUGCGAGUUUUUAAAGACUGGUGUAAUCCAUUAGAAGAAUUGAAUGACGUCAAGUUCGUGAGACGAUAUAGAAUUUCCAAGGAGUCUUUUCGAUCUAUGUUAGAUGAUGUUAAAUUUGACCUUGAACACACUACAAAAAGGAGUCGUGCACUUCUCCCUUUGCAUCAACUUUCCAUUGCUCUUCGUUUUUACGCCUGUGGAUCUUUUCAAAUUGUUGUAGGUGAUACUUGCGGUGUGUCACAGGCGACAUGCUGUCAGGUAGUCCAUCGAGUGACAGCAGCUAUAUGCGAAAAGAAAGACAAUUUCAUACAUUUUCCAAAAAUCCCAAUGGAAAGACACGAUGUGAUGCGGGGAUUCUAUGAUAUUUCACAACUUCCUGGUAUUAUUGGCGCAAUUGAUGGCUCCCAUGUCCUAGUUGUGAACCCUGGCGGAGUGACUGCACAAUGCUUUAUGAACAGAAAAGGAUAUUACAGCCUUAACUGUCAGUUGGUCUGUAACCACCUUCUGCUCUUCACCAAUAUGGUAUGUAGAUGGUACGGGUCAGUUCACGAUUCCAGAAUAUUUGAGGAGUCUCGUUUGUGUAGACAAUUUCGAAGAGGGGAGUUUAAGGGAAUUUUGCUAGGGGAUCCGUUGGACCACAACAUGGCUAUCACUGUUGCAACAGUGUGUUUGCACAAUUUGGCGAAGCGAAGGAAUGAUCCUCUCCCAGAUGAAGAGGACGACGGACCUGGGGAAGAAAUAGAACAACCACAAGAAAUGAACAGAGUGGAAGCAGACGAUUCAGCGAGCAGCACUUUCACUGCUGAUAUCUACAUUUCCUAUUGA